AUGGCAAACAUUGUUUCGCCAAGCGCCAUUCAUUCUUCUAAUGAUGAAAUUAGCUCUCCUCAACGAACAGCAGAUCAGCAACAAGAAGCUGUAUCUGAAGGUGCAGAUGCUCAACUUGCUGCUAUGGGCUAUAAAUCCGAAUUACCACGUUCGUUAUCGUUUUUUUCUGUGCUUGGACUUUCGUUUGCUAUCAUGGCAGUACCCUUCGGUGAAUCCACUACGUUAACGAUUGGCCUUACUGACGGUGGUCCAGUGACGAUUUUCUAUGGUUGGAUAUUACUGACUAUAAUUUCUGUAUGUAUUGCUGCAAGUUUAGCAGAGAUUUGUUCAGCAUAUCCUACCUCUGGCGGUGUUUACUAUUGGUCCGCAAUGUUAGCAAACAAGAGAUGGGCGCCAGUGACUUCAUGGAUAACAGGCUGGCUGGGCCUCGUUGGAAAUUGGACUGUGACUACAUCGAUUUGCUUUUCCGGUGGACAACUUAUACUGUCCGCCAUAGGACUAUGGAACGAAGCUUAUGUUCCUGCUGCAUGGCAUGUCGUGCUGAUAUAUUGGGCUGUAUUAUUCGUUGCUUUAUGUGUAAAUAUUUGGCUUGCAAAAUAUUUAGAUUUUAUUAAUACUAUGUGCGUUUACUGGACGGCGGCAUCAGUUUUAAUUAUUCUCAUUACCGUAUUGACAAUGGCACGAGGAGGUAGAAGAAGUGCUUCCUAUGUGUUCACUGAAUUUGAUGCAACAAGAGCAGGUUGGCCACCUGGAUGGGCAUUCUUUGUUGGAUUAUUACAAUCUGCUUAUACCCUGACUGGCUAUGGUAUGGUCGCGGCUAUGUGUGAAGAAGUACAGAACCCAGAAAAACAAGUACCCAAAGCAAUGGUUCUCUCGGUAGUUGCAGCAGGAAUAACUGGUGUGAUCUACCUCAUUCCUAUUCUAUUUGUUAUGCCUGAUGUUGACAAAUUACUUAAUAUAUCAACUGGUCAACCCAUUGGUUAUCUAUUUAAGACGGCCACAGGUUCAGCUGGCGGUGGGUUUGGUCUUUUGUUUCUCAUACUCGGAAUUCAAUCAUUUGCUGGAAUCGGCUCAUUAACAGCUACCUCACGAUGUCUCUAUGCAUUCAGUCGAGAUGGAGCAGUACCAGGCUCCUUGGCUUGGUCUAAAAUCAACAAACGGUACGAUAUACCACUCAAUGCUCUACUACUUUCCACAUUAAUUCAAGGGCUUCUCGGUCUGAUAUAUCUCGGUUCAUCAGCAGCAUUCAAUGCAUUUACUGGUGUUGCGACUAUAUGUCUCUCAACAUCGUAUGCGUCGCCUGUACUGAUACUUGUUGUACGAGGGCGUUAUCUAGUGAACCAUGCUCCUUUUCGCUUGGGUAAAGUUGGAUACAUCAUUAAUAUAGCAACAAUUCUCUGGAUCAUUUUGGCCAUCGUCAUAUUUACAAUGCCAACUGCGAUACCAGUGACUGCUUCGAGUAUGAACUAUGCUAGUGCGUUGUUUGUUUUCUUUGCUACUAUUAGUGUCAUCUGGUACAUUUUGUGGGGAAGAAAACAUUUCACUGGUCCGCCAGUAACUUCUCCGGAGUAG